AUGAUAAGAAGCAGCAAUUUUGGAUUGGUUUACGUUGAUUCUAAAGGAACGACAAGUACACCUCGCAGAUCGUUGAGUAAUUCUGAAUCAACUNUGUUAUCACCUGCCAACAACAACAAUCAAGAUUCACCAACCGCUCUAAGUCAUCGUAAAACAUCGUUUAUGAAAGCUGAGGAUGAUCGAGAUGAGGAUCAAGCGUAUCCAUUAUGCGAGGAUAUUGGUGACUUAAUCGCAGACGAUAGCGAUUUGAAUCAGUUCGAUGCAUCCGAUACGAAUUGGAUGCACAAAAUUGACGUGACUCAGUUUAAAGAUAUUCAACAAGAUUUAUUUCCGUCACAAGUAAUUUCUCAUUUCCGAUUCGUGAACGAAGAUAUUGCAUUCGAUUCUUAUUAUCACUCGGAUCUUCACUUAGCACUCCGACUCAUUCGUUAUUCAUUCGUUGUUCAGAUGGCCAAAGAGGAGCAUUUAGCAGAAGACGACGAUGCGUAUAAUUCAUCAAUAUCGAUGCGUGAAAAUAUUCCAUCGACAACGUCAAAUAGAAUCACGAAUAACGUCGUUUAUCAGCGAAAGAACAGCAGUAACAUUUAUACAUCAGCACCUCGGAACAGCCGUUGGAUGAAACCAUCGUAUUCAUAUUCGUGCUUAGUGGCGUUAGCACUGAAAAACAGUCAGAAUGGACAGUUGACAGUAUCUGAAAUAUACGAUUUCAUGUGUGAGAAUUUCCCGUAUUUCCGAACAGCACCACCCGGUUGGAAGAAUUCAGUACGACAUAAUUUGUCGCUGAAUAAAUGUUUUCAAAAGAUCGAGUUAUAUCGGCCUGAUGGUCAGGGUCGUAAGUCAUGCCUUUGGUCUUUGAAUCCUGCCAAGAUCGAAAAAAUGAAUCAAGAGGUACGAAAAUGGCGAGAACGUGAUAUUAACAAUAUUAAAGAAGCACUUUUAUGUCCAGGUAAUGAAUAUUUAUUCGAUGAUUAUCGCAACAACACGAUGCUUCGCUCGAAUCGUCCAAUUUAUCCGCGACCCACUGAUCAGUUGCAAUAUCAACAACACCAGCAGUCGUUGUCGUUUUCGGAACAAACGGGUUAUGAGCGAUUAGCCCAACAGCCUCCGUUGAAACAAGCGAAAAUGCACGAUUUGGAUCGUACACUGCCAACUACAAGUCAGUUUGAAGAGGAAUCAGAUACGAUGAAACCGUGUGGUGAGGCAGCACGUCGCGAACGAGUUCGAUCGAUCAGCGUGCCUCAAGGCGGUACACUGAUGAUACCUGAAGGGUGCACGGUGCGUGAGGUGGCUGCGAAGAAUUUGCAGAAUCUGCUUGAGAAUCACUCCUCUCGACUCUCGUCCUAUAUGACCCCUGUGAAAAACCACUCAACACCGCUAACAUCAUCAUCGCUCAGUAACAUUACCAACAUCCAACACUCGAACACUCAACCAGUUAAAUCUGAACCCUCAGAAUCCUCUUCGUUAUCAGCAACAACAACAACAACCACGUUUCCGCAAAUCAAUCAGGUGAUCGAUCCUAGCAAAGUCUCAUUCGUAACGCUUAUGAACAUGUUUUCAGUUAAUAAACUCAGAUAUUUUCAGUGUGUUUCUCCGUCGUUCACGUCGUUUACUCACCAUUCACCGAAAUCUGAAAAAGAUACCUGGUAUAGAACAGUACUUCUUUCACCAUUGUCUCCGUCGCCGAUGACUUAUAGUCAUAAUGGUACGUGUGCAUACGAUACCGUGAACAGUGCAAUCAACAAUAAUUCCCUGCUGAAAUCAGCACUCGAACAAAGUCCGUGUCGAAGUCUUACGUUUACAUCACUUUGA